AUGCGCCUCUCGAUUAUCGCUGCAAACAGAACUCCAGUUAGGAACUUAGGAGCAAAACUAGUCAAGGAAGAAAGUAUGCCCCGCCAACGCAGUAACUUAUCUAAACUUGAUCGAAGUGCAGUAGAACGAAACAGAAGAAUGCAUAUGAAAGAUCUUUUUUCCAGGCUUGCUUUUCUUGUUCCUACUCGACCAUCCAAGAAAAGGAUAGAGACGCUGAAGCAAACGAAGCAACUACUUCAAGGCAGCACUGAUGAGACUGGAGGUGUAAGAUAUCAGAUGAGUGGCGCCUCCAGGUCACCAGUGAUCACUGUAAGAGAUAUGGGUUCUAGUUUAGAGCUACUUCUGAUUAGCGGGUCAAAUAAGAAGUUCAGGUUGCAUGAAGUUAUCAGUGUUCUGGAGGAAGAAGCAGCUCAAGUUGUAACUGUUAACCAAUGCAUAGUGGGGGAUAGGAUCUGCUAUAGUAUACAUUCCGAGGCUGUUAGCUCUAGAAUUGGAGUAGACGCUUCAAGGGUGCAUGAGAGAUUGAAGGAACUGAUUUUUUGAAGUAUUCGGAUCAGCGCC